GCCAGUACUUGUAUGCUCGUGCUUGUCUUGAGGGAUCCUAUUAUUCUCCAGAAGAGGGAAAGGAAUAUCUUAAAAUGGCAGCACUUAAAAAUGGUGAUCCUGAUGCACUAUACAUGGUUUCUCAACUUUUCUUGAAUGGAGAACAUGGCUAUAAAAUUAAUGAAAAUAAAUAUAUGGAAUAUUUGAAAAAGGCAGCAGAAAAAGGCUCAAAGGAAGCAAAAAAAGAACUUAAAAAAAUUAACUAA